AUGCUAUAGAUCCAGGUCAACAUGAUAAUACUAAGUAAUCUGACAUCUAAAUCUCCAAUCUUUUUGCUGACUGCCCUCCCCGGCUUCCAGGCUGCCCCUGCCUGGAUCUCCAUUCCGUUUUGCGGUCUCUAUGCCAUUGCCCUCUCUGGGAACAGCAUGAUCCUCUCCAUCGUCAUCACCCAGCACAGUCUCCAUGAGCCCAUGUACUAUCUCCUCUCCAUGCUGUCAGCCACGGAUCUGGGCCUGACUGUUUCUACAAUGUCAACAACAUUGGGUGUCCUGUGGUUUGAUGCAAGAGAAAUCACUCUGGAUGCUUGCAUCAUCCAGAUGUUUUUCCUUCAUGGGUUUGCUGUAACAGAAUCUGGGGUGCUAGUGGCUAUGGCUUUUGACCGCUAUGUGGCAAUCUGUAACCCGCUCAGAUAUACUACAAUUCUCACCAAUUCCAGAAUCAUUCAGAUGGGUCUCUUAAUGAUUUUACGUACUGUUGUCUUGAUACUACCACUGCUUUUGCUCCUUAAGCCUGUUAUUUUCUGCAGAAUGAAUGUCCUUUCCCACUCAUAUUGUUAUCAUCCAGACGUGAUUAAAUUAGCAUGUUCAGACACCAGGACAAAUAGUAUCUGUGGAUUAGCUGACCUUGUUUUUACCACAGGGAUAGACAUCCCAUGCAUCAUCCUGUCUUAUAUCUUGAUUAUUCACUCUGUCCUCAAUAUUGCCUCUCCAGUUGAACGAUACAAGGUCUUCAGCACCUGUCUCUCCCACAUUGGAGCAGUUGCUGUAUUCUACAUCCCCAUGAUAAUCCUGUCUUUUGUUCAUCGCUAUGGUCGGUCAUUUCCCAAAAUGGUCCAUUCAAUGAUGGCUAAUAUAUAUCUGUUUUUGCCCCCUGUGCUCAAUCCCAUCAUCUAUAGUGUGAAAACAAAACAGAUUCGCAAAUCUAUACUUAGUUUGCUUCUUACAAGAUAG